CGUCUCCACCAGACUCACCCAAAUCGAAGCGGGAUUAAAGAGGAUGGAGGAGACGUCAAAAGAAUGAAGAAUAUUCUUUUCACUGCUGAAAGAGCCUAGGAAAUCCCACACAUCUGCAGAGAAUACAUUCGAAAACAUCGUUUUGACAGUGCUGAGGGAACCAUGGGCUGUGUGGGUUCAAAGAAGGACGGUGAAUUUUGCAAAGCUACGUCCAACGAAGAGCAACGCUCUCAGUCAGCCCACUAUGUCAGAGACCCUACCUCAGGAAACAAGGCUGGCAAAACACAGGCCAAUUCUUCCGGAGAGAGUGUAGCCGUGGCUCUCUACGACUAUGAUGCCAUUCAUGAUGGAGACCUCGGCUUUAAGAAGGGGGAUAAGCUGAAGAUCUUAGAAGAAAUGGGAGAGUGGUGGAGGGCUAUGUCUCUGAGUUCAGGGCAGGAAGGUUACAUCCCCAGUAAUUAUGUGGCCAAAGAUACUCUGGAGGUUGAGGAGUGGUUCUUCAAAGGCGUGAGCAGAAAAGAUGCUGAACGGCAGCUGCAGGCCCCAGGGAACAAAGUGGGGUCCUUCAUGAUCAGAGACAGUGAGACCACCAAGGGUAGCUAUUCUCUGUCUGUGAGAGACAACGACAUGCAGUCAGGUGUCACAGUCAAACAUUACAAGAUCCGAACCCUGGACAAUGGAGGCUUUUACAUCUCUCCUCGCAUCACCUUCGUCACUCUGCAGGAGCUGGUCAACCAUUACAAGAAGCAGGGAGACGGUCUCUGCCAAAACCUGACCACCCCCUGUGUGAGUCUUAAGCCUGAAAUGCCAUGGGAAAAAGAUGCCUGGGAAAUUCCUCGAUCAUCUCUUAAACUGGACAAGAAACUUGGAGCCGGCCAGUUUGGGGAAGUCUGGAUGGCAACGUACAAUAAACACACCAAGGUGGCAGUAAAGACUAUGAAACCUGGCAGCAUGUCUGUGGAAGCCUUCAUGGCAGAGGCAAACCUGAUGAAGACGCUGCAGCACGACAAACUGGUCCGACUUCAUGCCGUAGUCACCAAAGAGGAGCCUAUUUAUAUUAUCACAGAGUACAUGGAGAAGGGUAGUUUAUUAGACUUUUUAAAGAGUGAUGAAGGAAACCGCAUUCAACUACCAAAGCUCAUCGACUUCUCUGCCCAGACUGCAGAGGGCAUGGCCUACAUCGAGCAGAGGAACUACAUCCACAGAGACCUUAGAGCAGCCAACAUCCUGGUCAGUAAGGCAUUAGUCUGCAAAAUCGCUGACUUUGGCCUCGCCCGUAUCAUUGAAGACAACGAGUACACAGCCAGAGAAGGAGCCAAAUUCCCUAUUAAAUGGACGGCACCUGAAGCCAUCAACUAUGGCUCUUUUACCAUUAAAUCUGAUGUCUGGUCCUUCGGGGUCCUGCUAACGGAGAUUAUUAGCUAUGGACGUACACCCUACCCAGGGAUGACAAACCCAGAGGUGAUUCGAUUCCUGGAGAAAGGCAGCAGAAUGCAACGCCUGGAGAGCUGGCCCCGUGAACUUUAUGAUAUAAUGAUGCAGUGCUGGAAGAACAAGCCAGAGGAACGUCCUACUUUUGAUUACCUGCAGAGCGUCCUGGGGGAUUUCUACACAGCCACAGAGACACAGUACCAGCAGCAACCUUGAGAAAAGUCUGCGUCCAUAUCUCCAAGAGAAGGAGUCAUCCAGUCAGACAUUUCCUACAUUCUGAACUGUAGCUUAAAUACUUUGUUAGUUUCUCUUUAACUUUCUCAUUCCCAUUUAUAAAACACAGCAACAAUGGACGUGGCAAAAGUUAUUCAGGUCACCUAAAAUUAUGCUCUUGUGUUUUUUUUACAAAUGGCUAAGGUAGAAGCACAACAAACAACACAUUUUCUGGUUGCAGAUGACCUUCCUGGAAUUUACCAAAUUUGGAGAACAAUGAUGAGGGUAAACAAGAAUUUAAAGAGCUAACUAAUUCAAAAUAUCUCAACUUUUUUUUUUGACAUAAGGGGGCUACAUAUGCAGCAGAGAGUCUUGAAACAGCAGGGCUACUCUUGUCCUGGAAUUCCAAUUGAAGCUAUGUAUGUUCAUAAAACAGUUUUCUUUUGUUCACAGAAGAAACCCAUUGCCUCUCCACUGAAAGUCAUGUCUAUUAAAUAGAUUGAAAUUGGCAAAGACACCGCUAGAAGGUGGUUUGAGUUGUGCAAUCUGUCUAGCUUACAUAGAUUUGCAUAGAGUUUACACUGCUGUUUUUUCUUAUGGCAGUGGAGGAAUCACUGGCAUCCCUGUACUUCAGGAAUGACAAAAAGGAGGCUAGCGCACAUACUGUUUAGCUCACUGGCUUUUGGGUUAAAUGUAUAUAUUGUCUCAAUGUGAUGGCAGAGCGUGGACACAAAAUGUAAGCCAAAGGAUAUAGUAUGCCUAAAUGAUUUCUCAUGUGAUAUGAAUUUCAAUAUGUUGUGGUUUCUUACAGCAUUUCUCCUCAAAUGAGUCUUUAGCCAUGGUUGUUUCUAUUCAAGCAUAUUACAUACUUUCUGUGUCCACUUUGUUUCUGAAACAUUAAGUAAUAUGAUAAUAUAUUUGUCUUCAUAUUUUUGAUUGUCUGUUUUAAAAGAAAAUAAUUUAUUUUUGCAAAUUGCACUGCUCCUAACAUCUUGAAAAUACUGCGUAUGUAACCGUUUGACUGCUGUUGGACUACUCUCCUAUAAUCCUUACAAUAUCUACUAGUUUCAUGUAAAUAGAAGAGCUAUCACACAGUCACCGAAUGCUCAAAUGAUAAUCUAGUCAACAACUGAAGAUUAUUAAUAAAAGAUACUCAUAUUUAAUUUUGGAACUUUUUAACAGAUUAAUUUCUUUAUGAUAAAGAAAAUUCUGCUUUUUGUAUUGAAUGCUUAGUUCCAGAAUGCUUUGAAAAAAAAAAACAUUCAAUAAACUAUUCUAAAACAAGAA